CAAGCAACAAGUAUCGCGAUUGGGCCACCGUGGAUCGUAUCCAUGGCGUCCACUUCUCCACCUUCACCUCCGCCGCCUGUAACUCCGAUUCCCCCUCCGCCCGCCGUCCUCCGCCGUCUGAUCGACCUCGAUACCGCCGUGUCUCUCCGAGUCUACACUCUCUUCCAACCUAUCAUCCCAUUCCCCGUCCUAAAAUCUCUCGAAUAUUCCGGCGACGGCCGCCUCUUCUUCCCGAUCAUCCUCUCCGGUCUCCUCGCCACCACACCCCUCGCCGCACUCGCCGCCUGUCCCAAAACUCCUUCCACUCUUCUCCUGAUAAACCUCCUGAUCGGUUCCCUGUUAGAUCUCCUCAUAAUCGGCCUCAUCAAGCACCUGAUCCAGCGCCCUCGCCCGGUCUACAACAAGCACAUGUUCCUCUCGUUUUCCGUUGACCACUGGUCUUUCCCCAGCGGCCACUCCUCUAGGGUUUUCUACAUUGCUACUUUUUGUUUUUUGUAUUCGAAUCAGGUUAUCGAAGUUUUGCUAUUGAAAUACUUGAAAUUUGAUUCCGAGAGCGCGAUUGUGCGAUACUUCGUUGUUGCCGUUGGGCUAUGGGCUGCCAUCACCUCGAUUUCCAGAGUGCUUCUCGGCCGCCAUUUUUUGCUUGAUGUUGUUGCAGGAGGUUGUUUGGGUGUUCUGGAAGGAGUGAUAGUGCUGCGAGUUCUUAAUUGUGACAAUUUGAACUCCUGGAUUGCAGGCCAUUAGCUUCAUUCAGCGCUACAACAAGCCCUGGCAUCCCUGUCUUCUCAUCCCCGUCAACGAUCCUUAAAACAAUUAGAAGUGGAUGAUAUGCUUUUAUAUAGAGUACUUCACGUCAAUCCAAAAGUGAGAAAGACAAUACCGUAUUUGCUACUAAUCUUUCGGUAUUUGUAUGUACCAAUUUCGAAGUAGUCCAAUCUUCGCUUAAAAACAAGUUUCUCAAAGCACCUAUGCUUGUAUAAGCUCUGCAAAGUAAAAAAUGAAGUAGCAAACUAGAUAUGCACAACCUUCACAACAUCUAUGUCGUCUGUUUUCU